AAGACUCGAAAAAAUUGCCCAUCGACAUAUUAUCUAUGUUCCUUCCGUAGCGUUUCACGUUCCAUCUGCUAUUUCUGUUACUAUUAUUGACGUUGCGCAACUGAUAAACUCGAUCAUAAGCAACGGCCCACAACGGCGUGGCUCUGAUGCUUCCCAUAGCCUCAUACAGAGCAGCGUCGCCUCGUUCGUUUCGGUACGUUUCUUUGUUGGUGCGUUUCCGUGCGGUGCCACUCCCGCCACCGCCGCCAGCGAUGUCGCUGCCGGGUUUCGAGCGCGCUUUCAAGAACCCUCGCUGCACUCGUCUGGUCGUCUAGCGGUCUUUAGCGGCCAAUUGUACGUAGUUGUACAUAGCCGACGCCGCUGCCUCUUUCGGCUCUGUCCGGCUCGCCGCUGCUGCUGCCGCUCCUGCUACUACCGCCACUGCUAACGGUGGCGGUGGAACGGUGCGGCACGUUGACCGACAGACUUCGCGCUAAGAGACGCCUUCUCGCCCACUGCUGCCUCUCCGCUGUUGGACUACGCUGCUGCCACUGGUGCUGCUCGCGGCCGCCGGUUGGUUUUGCUUUUGCUCGCGCUUGCCGGCAACAAUUUAAUUCACGCUGCCAACUGCUAAGCAGCAGCAGUCAAGCCAGCGGAAAAGAUGGCCUGUGAGCCGCAGACCGCUCCCUCCUCCGCCCUCUCCCAAGAACCCUCAUCCACCAUGUUUGAAUGUUUGGUUUGUGUGCGCGCGCAGCAGCGCCGAACGACAGCAGCGCCCUCGGGGUUCUGACAGCCAAGCAGCACCAACCGGCGGGCCAACCAGCUAGCAAGCCGACCGAUGUAAGCGAAAGUCAGGCAACAGCCUGAGGAGCAAGUUAGCCAGUCAGCUCUAGCUAACAGUAGGGUAUCGCUCCGGACCGGCGGACUGUGUCUUGCGGCUGUGUGCGAGGCAAGCAGGUCAGUCCCAUUCAUCGGCGUAAGAACGGUCGCUCAUCGCCAGCCGUUGCUUGCCCGAUGCUAUCGCUGUGGCAGUGGUUCAUGGUGGUACCUAUUUACUGAGUGACCGAAGUCGUUGUGGCGCAGCAAAAAGGUAACGAAACGGUAGGCAGUAACUAGUGCGUCCCCGUGGAUUGUACGUGGAGCCGAGUGGAUUGCUGAGUGUGUGCGGUGUUGUGCGAGUGUGGCUGGUCUGACGGAGCCAAGCUAGCUCGCUGCAGGCUAGAAAUAGUAAAGCCGACGGUCGGUCGGAGAGAGCUCUAUCACGGUGCGUUGCUUCUCGCUAGACGGCCUGGGGAAACGGAUGCGGCAGCCUGAAAGCGGCUCGCCGCCACCCAGUCACCCUUAUAUUGUGAACGGAUUUCGGUGCUUGUUCAAAGUGGGGCAACAAAUAGGUUUAGUAAUGACGGUGGUGCGUGCUUUUUGAGUGGAUACGUACAACCUGUGUUGCGUACGGCCCAUUGGGGCCUACGUAAUGUCGCCUUGUCACAUCGUGUGCGAAGUAUGCUAGAAUAGUGCCGAUAUCUUGUUUUGGAUACACAACCACAGUAAAACAAAGCGAAACAAUUACACCGCUAUUGCCAAAAGCCCUUGGUGGUUGUCUAGAAAAAGAAGCACCCGGCGGGGGCAGCAUCGUCGAGUUCGUUAAGCACCACGAAUUCGCCUAUCUACGUUAUCAUUAUUUGCGUACUCGACGACUCUUAACUGUCCGUUGGACCAGCGUGCUACAAACACUACACAGCGUUCCGGUGUCCGCCCGCGUGUGACGACCGUGCAAUGUAAGCCUCGAAAUAAUUCGGACUUCGAGCAGCGCGCGCAACAAAAGGCGCAGCUCUCGUCGCGGCAAUGAACACUUAGUAAAAAAAAAACCUACGGACGUCAGCUAAGUGGGUGCGCCGACCCAGCAGCAGCAGACAGAUCGAAAUGAGUUCAGCUAGUCUGAACUGGGACUCGGAUCCUUGGAGCCGGCUUAGCCCUCCGGAAGCGUUUUCGAAAUACGACGCUGCGCAGGUCACAACAGGACCCGGUCCCUCAGCAACAGCAGCAAACGAGAUCUCAGGCAACGACAGCAGCAAAAAUAGAAUCGGUCAGUGGAGCCGCCACCACUGUCACCGAUCAACCGCUGUUGUCGAAAGAAGCUCGCCCCUACAGCCGCUGAAAUGCCGUCGCGCAUAUGAUGUAUAUAGCUAUCAUCAUUAUCGACAAGAAUCGUCGUUACCACCAUCAACGGCUCUCCCAUGGAAACAUAGCCGUCGUAAUAAGCCACACACACGGUAUAGCAGCAAGAGUAGUGGAAGCAUACAUCACCGUACAGCUGCAGCAGUAGCAAUAACGUCACUGUUGGAAUGCCGGCCUCUCCGGUGCUUAGGGAAGACGCUGCUCGCGGCGAUUCUUCUCGUCUCAGUUGUGGACCGAUCUCAUGCCAAAAACGCCGGGCUUCAAGGCCCGGCCGAUUGGCGACCUGAACACAUUGUCGUCACAGAUAACGCUUAUCCUGGAUACAUUCUUCGACAGCUCAACUAUUACGGACCGGCAUACCAAGUGAUGCAAGGACAGCCAACCACCCAAACUAAUAUCGACCCACAACAAGGAUUUCUCAGCGAAUCGAACAUGUUUGCACUCAGUGAUGGUGGACACUUAAUGGUGUGUAGCAAUCUAAAAUGUAUGGCUGGCAGUGCAAAAGCUCUACGACGGAGUCUGGUGUACAACCUCGCCAACUCUACCAAAGACAGUGCGGUCCAUGAUGACUGGGCUCUGAGACAGGGGCACAGCAGCGGAUCAGGUUUGGCUUCAGCUUUCACUGAUGAUAAUGAUCUCGAUUUGUUACAGAAAGCGCCAUCAAGUUUGCCUGUCGUCAUAGCUGAGAAUUACAAUGGCUCGUUCAGUCCCAUCUACCAGGCGAUAGUUCACGUGGUGCCGCAUAAACAUCGGUUAACGUUUAUUAGUGACGGUUAUCAAGGGAGCGUUCCGGAAAACCUCGACUCCGGGGCGACUGUCUCUGACCUAUGUAGGAACAAUUUGAUUAACGGCUAUGUCACCAACACUGACAUCGUUCAAAGGGAACUUUCGUCAAGCAGCAACGACCUUAUGCUACAAGUGAACAAACCCGCGCGUUUUACUAUUCAAAGCGGUAACCAUGACGGGCUCUUUAAGGUAUCACAGAUCGAUCCGAAAACUGCUGUCGUGAUAACCUCAGCUCCGCUCGACCGUGAAAAACAAUCAAAAUAUGAUUUAGUCGUCAAAGCCCUCUCUGGCCCUGAAGAAGCGACAAGAAAACUUAGUAUCCACGUUCUCGAUGAGAACGACAAUUCACCUGAACCUGUUCAGGAUAAUUAUGAGUUUCGUGUCCACGCGGAUUCCGUUCCACAGACUGUCUUCGGUCAGAUUGAGGGCAGGGACGCUGACGGUGAUUCAGUUGUGUUCAAGCUCGUCGACAGACACCCAAUGAUAGCCGUAGUGCCCAAAACGGGAGAACUUAUGCUGACGCGUAAACCCCAAGACGAAUGGGAACGCGAAGCCGAACUCAAAAGCCUGGUGAAGGAAAAAACCGUUGGUGAGAAAUUCGACGAGAACCUAAAAAAGGUGCAAAGUGUGGUCAAGGGCGCGUCGCAGAGAGUUAGGGAGCUUGGCGAGGAAGCUGGCAAAGAAAUGCGUGUUUUGACCCUCAAGUUGGCUGCUCGUCUUCAUGACAAUCGCAAGGAGAGCAAACGGUACAGCCCGUUGGUGCCUAUUACUGUGCACGUAAUUCCACCAGAAAAGGACAGCAAAAAAACUACUGAGGCUGAUGGAAAAGUCGACGAUCUGGAGAAGGCGCUUGAACAAUUAAGCGAGGCUCGACAUCGCAGCCGAAGGUCGAUCGUGAACGCCGGCUUAGGAUCGAUUCGUCCAACGAAGAGUUACAAGUUCAAGGAAAACGAUGGUAAAGAUGCCAACAAAACUGUCUUUACCCUUGAUAAAAAGAUUACUGGCGAGUCAUUUGAACUCGAGGCUGCCAACAGAUGGGUAACGAUUCUGGCAAAUGGCGAGGUAAAAGUCAAGGAAAAAUGGGAUUAUGAACAGUUAGACAAGGAAAAAACCAUCGAUUUUUGGGUUCUCGUGCGAAUUCCCGGCCGUGCCGAAAAGGAGCGUCAACGUAUUAUUAUUCAUAUCACCGACGUAAAUGAUGAACCGCCAUAUUUCAUCAAUCGGCCACUACCAAUGCAGGCAGUUGUUCAGCUAAAUGCCCCACCUGGAACCCCAGUGUUCAAACUUCAGGCCCGCGACCCGGACUCCGAUCACAACAUCCGAUACAGCAUCGUACGCGAUCGAAGCGGUCAGCGUUUCGAAGUUGACGCGCUCUCCGGCGAAAUCAUCACCGUUGGAACAGCGCCGUUCAUGCUUGAUAAAGAGUAUGUCCUGUACGUGAAAGCGGAAGAUCUAAGCGGACCUGUUGGUGAGCGUCAAUACCAGAGCACCAAGGAAGAGCGGCUAUCUAUUGUCGGUGGAAAACGACCUCCGCAGUUCUACGUUCCACAAUACGAAGCUACCAUUCCUGAAAGUCAGAAGAAAGACUCCGACAUCAUUGAGGUAAAGGCUAAGUCAUUUGCUGACCGCGAGAUCCGUUAUACGCUAAGGGCACAAGGUAAAGGCGCAGGCACAUUUAACAUUGGCCCAACAUCUGGUAUCGUAAAGCUGGCCAAGGAGCUGGACUACGAAGACCUCCGUCAGCCGAAGAGUUAUUCGCUCGUGGUUACCGCCACCGAAGAUUCCGGCGGUUUUUCUACUUCGGUCGAGCUCGUUAUUAAGGUGACCGACGUGAAUGACAAUGCUCCUCGCUUCGAGUUGCCGGAUUACCAGGCGCACAAUAUCGAUGAAGACGUGUCAGUCGGCACGUCGAUCCUGCAGGUGAAGGCAACUGAUAUGGACACGGGUCGAAAUGCAGAAAUCACGUAUUCACUAGACAAAGAGGACUUCACUAUUGACUCGAAAGGGAACAUCUACUCGAAUAAGCGGCUCGACGCGGACGUGAAUAACACGUAUGUCCUGACAGUCAAGGCGACCGAUCGCGGCGAACCACCACUUACCGGGACGGCGACUGUGCGAAUCUAUACGGAGAACAAAAAUGACGAGGCGCCGAAAUUCUCGCAAGAUGUGUACACGCCAAACGUCGAUGAAAACGCAGGACCUGGUACCCUAGUGACAACGGUGGUUGCGUCGGACAAAGACGGCGAUAAUGUUCUAUUUGGCUUCGUAAACUCUGGAACGACUAGCGGUAUGUUCCAGAUUGAAGAACGAACCGGAGUGAUCCGUUUGAUUGACACCGGAAAGAUCAAUCUCGACAGGGACAAGUACGAGUUGAACGUGACGGCACGCGACGAUGGAGCGUGCUGUAAGAAUGGGGCUCUCACACCGCAUACUUCUACCGCUUUAGUUGUCGUUUUCAUCACAGAUGUUAACGAUAACAAGCCCGUCUUCGAGGACUGUGGCAGUUACGCACCGAAAGUUGAGGAAGGUGCCCAGAGUGGCACAUCGGUGAUCCGCGUCCGCGCCAAGGACAACGAUAAAGGUCAUAACGGCCAGGUCCGAUACUCGAUGGUCCAGCAGCCAAACCAGAAAGGCACGAAAUUCAGUGUUGACGAAGUUACCGGAGAGAUUCGUACGAACAAAGUGUUUGACCGGGAAGGUGACGACGGACGGUUUGUGUCGGUCACGGUAAAAGCCACUGAUCGUGGCAGCCCUCCACUUGAGGGUGUGUGCUCAUUUAAAGUGGAAAUCACCGACGUCAACGACAAUCCACCGCUAUUCGACCGGCAAGAGUAUCGCGAGAACGUUAAACAGGACACGCAGAUAGGCAACCCGAUAUUGAGGGUGUCCGCGAGUGACGAGGAUGCCGAUUUGAAUGGCGUUAUUAUCUACAAUCUAACAGCGCCGUACGACCCGACUGACCUGAAUUAUUUCAAUAUUAAUCCCGAGAGCGGAUGGAUCCAGCUGAAGAAACCGCUUGACCGGGACUCGUAUCACUUGCGUGCGAUCGCCACCGAUAAGGGUACUCCACAGCAUUCGGCCACGGUCGAGGUUGUUAUUGACGUGGUUGAUCGCGCUAACAAUCCGCCGAUCUGGGACCAGCCUGUCUACGGCCCAAUUUUCAUCAAAGAGAACCUUGAAGUAGGUUCGAAGGUCAUCUCGAUUAAGGCUCGGUCAGGUAUUCCCGAUAAUCCGGACGUAUUCUACACGCUUAUGAAAGGUAGCACCGAGCAAACAAACAAGAAGGAUACGUUCUAUCUGAAUCAGCGAAACGACGGCGGCCACACAUGGGCCGAACUCUUCGUCAAUUAUCCUCUUGACUACGAAAAGAUACAGCAAUACAACCUGACGAUACGUGUUGAAAACAACGGAAUUCAACAACUAGCCAGUGAGGCAACAGUUUACAUCGUUUUAGAGGACGUCAACGAUGAGAUUCCGUUGUUCAUUGAGCGUGAACAGGAAACGGUGCUCGAGGGCAUGCCUCCAGGCACGAAAGUUACCCAAGUGCAAGCCGUGGACAAGGAUGGCACAUACCCUAACAACAAGGUGUACUACGCGAUAGAGUCCAAGGAUCAAGGUGAUAAGUAUUUUACGAUUGAUCGGGAGACUGGCGAUAUUUACACCAAGGUUGAAUUCGACCGCGAGGAGAAGCUGGCGUAUGCUAUCCAGGUCCGCGCGGAGGACGGUGCACCCUCAGCACGGCCGCAUAUACGUGGCAACUCGCCAAAUUCUGUAACAAAAUAUAUCCGGAUCGGCAUUGGAGACAAGAACGACAAUCCGCCCUACUUCUCACAAGGUCUGUACGAAGCGGAGGUCAAUGAAGACGAGGAUGUGCAACACACAGUGAUCACCGUUACUGCCAAAGAUAAAGAUGAAUCUUCCCGUAUUCGCUACGAAAUUACUCAAGGAAAUAUUGGAGGGGCAUUUGCGGUUAAGAACGAGACUGGCGCGAUUUAUGUGGCUGGACCACUUGACUAUGAGACCAGAAAAGAGUAUCGGCUUCGGCUGGUCGCCUCCGACAAUCUAAACGAGAAUCAUACAACAGUUCUUAUACGCGUCAAAGACGUUAACGACAACGCUCCAAUUUUUGACCGACCAACGUACGAGGCACAGAUCACUGAAGAAAACGAUCGAAAUCUGCCGCAAAAAAUUCUCACGUAUAACCUCACUCUGACUGCAUCUGAUACAUUGUCCGAGAACAAUGCGACUGUCCACAUCAAGAUUAAGGACAUCAACGACCUCCCGCCCAAAUUUGAGCGGGGCUCAUAUGAAGCCACUAUCCCUGAGGAAGACGAUAGAGGGCUGCCUAAAAAGAUUCUUCAGGUUACAGCAACGGAUGGUGACCGAGACCGAGAGUCGGAUAUUGUGUACUUCCUAACCGGCCAGGGCGUGGAUAAUACCGACGCCGAAAAUAACAAGUUCGCUAUUAACCAGACAACCGGAGAGAUUUACGUACUAAAACCCUUAGAUAGGGACUUACCUCAGGGCCGCUCCCAAUGGAGAUUCACUGUGUUUGCGGAAGACGAGGGCGGUAAUGGUUUGGUAGGAUUUGCUGACGUGCUUGUUAAUCUGAAGGACAUCAACGAUAACGCACCGUUCUUCCCGGCGGCCGUGUACACUGGCAAUGUGACGGAGAAUGGCACAGCGGGUAUGACUGUCAUGACGAUGACAGCCACGGAUUAUGAUGACCCGAUGGAGGGCGCUAACGCGAAACUUACGUACUCGAUCGAACAAAACCAGGUGAAUGAAAAUGGCGAGCUCAUUUUCGCCAUUGACGAGGAGACGGGCGUCAUCUCGACAGCAGUCUGCUGUCUAGACCGGGAAACAAAUCCCGAGUACACCAUCAAGGUAGUGGCGGUUGACGGUGGUGGUCUCAAAGGCACGGGUACCGCCACCAUCAAGAUCAAGGAUAUUAAUGAUAUGCCACCAGAGUUCACCAAGAAGGAAUGGUAUGUCGAGGUGGACGAGACGGAGGCGGACAACAUUCCGGAAGCGCCCAUCUUGGUGGUUUCUGUCAACGACGGAGACCUGCUCGAGACGAACAGAUUCUCGUAUAAAGUCAUCGAUAGCUCAUUUGGAGCAGACCGUUUCACCAUGGUCACAAACUCCGACGGAACCGGUUCGCUCAAAAUUGCCAAGCCCCUGGAUUUCGAAGAUCUCCAGCAGAGGUACGGCUUCAAUGUAACAAUACAAGUGAGUGACAACGGAGGAGAAAGUGCGGACCCUUACCAUCUAGACUACGCUAAGGUACGUGUGAGGUUAAGGGAUAUUAAUGACAACCGGCCUGAGUUCGAAAAGCCCAACAUCGAGGUGUCCGUGCCCGAAAACUCUACCAUUGGUUCGAGUCUGGCCACUUUCCGGGCAACCGAUGCCGAUCAAGGAGGCAAAUCAAAAGUUAGCUAUCAGAUUGACAGGAGCUCUGAUAAGCGGAGACAGUUUACUAUCUCGAGUAGCGGUGUGGUCAAAAUCCAGCGACCACUCGAUCGUGAAGAGACUCCUCGACACCAAGUGAAAAUUUUAGCCAUUGAUGAUGGAACUCCUGCGAGGACGGCGACUGCCACACUUACAGUGGUCGUAUCUGACAUCAACGACAAUCCACCAAGAUUCCAGUAUGACUAUAGGCCUGUGAUCCCGGAGCGAGCACCACCCAUGAAAGUUCAAGAGAUCCUUGCCACCGACGACGAUGACCGAUCAAAAAACAACGGGCCCCCUUUCACAUUCCGCAUGGACCCUAAUGCACCAGACUAUAUCAAGGAGCUGUUCCGCGUAGAGCACGAUCCAACCGGAGCUAAUGGCGAUGGUAUGGCAGUGGUACAUUCAAAGGAGCAGUUUGAUCGUGAGGUGCAAAAGGAGUACCUUGUCCCUAUCUUGAUAAAGGACUCUGGCAGUCCCAGCCUGACAGGGACAUCCACGCUAACUGUCAUCAUUGGCGACAGCAACGAUAAUCGCAUGCAUCCCGGUUCUAAGAACAUUUUUGUGUACAACUUUAAAGGCGAGAAUCCGCCAACUAAGAUCGGUCGAGUGCACGUCGAGGAUCUUGAUGACUGGGACCUGCCCGAUAAGACCUUCUUCUGGGAGAACAAUAAGGAGCACGAAAACUUCGAGCUUGACACCGAUACUGGUAUGAUCACGAUGAAAAACGUGACGGGUGGUGGCGUAUACGAACUCAAGUUUCUGGUUUACGAUCGUAUGCACACGCAAGAAGCGACAGCUAACGUUACGGUUACUGUUAAAGAAAUUCCGGAAGAGGCUAUCCAUAAUUCGGGAUCAAUCCGUAUUGCUGGAAUAACCGACGAAGAUUUCAUCCGCGUGUGGGACUGGAAGCAACAGAAACAAGUCAAAUCAAAGAUGGAAGAAUUCCGAGAUAUCAUCUCCGAACUGGUUAAGACGAAGUCAGAAAAUGUCGAUAUAUUCUCGGUCAUUUUGAAACAGGCGAGGCCACCAAUUACCGAUGUACGCUUCGCAGCCCACGGCUCCCCUUACUAUAAGGCCUCAAUGCUAAAUGGCCUGGUAGCGCUCAACCGCCAGCUAAUCGAACGUAAGGUGGGAGUGAACAUUACGCAGGUUGGCAUCGACGAAUGUCUCUACGAGAACGUGAACUGCGAAGGAAGCUGUAGCAACGAGCUGAUUGUGGAGAAAAACCCAGUUAUGGUAAACGCCAACCGGACUUCGUUUGUCGGAGUCAAUGCGUUUGUAAGGGCUGUCUGUGAAUGUCUAGCCCGAGACUAUUCCGCUGAAAGUCAACGAGAACGAACAUGUCGCAGCAAACCAUACCCAUGCUUCAAUGGAGGGCGCUGUUUCGAUACUCAUACAGGCAUUCAGUGUAAAUGUCCGCCAGGGUUUUACGGCCCUCAGUGCCAACAGACGACUCGCUUUUUUAAUGGGAAAGGCUUCGCUUGGUUCCCACCGCUUCAGCAGUGCGAGAGCAGUCACCUGUCACUAGAGUUCAUGACGACGUCUGAAAAUGGUCUGGUGCUGUACAACGGACCAAUCGCUAUGCCCGAUUCCGAUGAGCUAAUAGUGCAGGAUUUCGUUAGCCUCGAACUGGUCGAGGGUAAACCUCGACUGCUGUUAGAUUUCGGCUCCGGCACCGUCGAAUUGACCGUAACACCGGAAGACAAAAUUGUCGACGGGCGAUGGCAGCGCAUCGAUUUAUAUUGGGAUCGACAAACGGCUAGAAUCACGCUGAAUCACUGUAUGCAGAGUCGAUACCUUGAUGCCAAUGGCGGGGAUCGCAGCCGAUGUGAAAACGUGACCACACUCGACAAUCCGAUCCCACCAUUCAACGAAUUUCUAAACGUUAACAGCCCGCUGCAACUCGGUGGCGUACACGUUACCAAAGAGCUAUCGCAGGCGUACGAUUGGGCCUAUCGGCCUAAUAUGGUCGAAGGCUUUAAUGGAUGCAUAAAGAAUGUUGUGCACAAUAGCGAGAUGUACGACCUGGCUAGUCCAGGAAGCAGCUUCAAUUCGGUACCUGGAUGUCCUCCAGCAGAAACAACUUGCGCUGAAUCGGGUCACGCCCAUAACUGCGGCCAUGGACACUGUGAGGGAUCAUAUCGUGGCGCAGAGUGCAUCUGUGAGCCUGGCUAUUACGGUCCGAACUGCGACCGCGAGACAAGCUCGAAGAUGUUCCAGCAAUCUUCAUACAUCAAGUAUGCUUUAUCAUUUGACCCCCAUCCAUUCCGCACUGACGUCCAAAUGCAGUUCCGUACUCGGCAGAAAAACGGUGAACUUCUGCGACUGAGCAGUAAACAUGGCCGGGAGUAUGCGAUCCUGGAAAUUCGCGAUAAGAAACUUCGCUUCCGGUUCAACCUUGACCGUCAUCGAAAUACCGAUGAGAAGGAAUUAUGGCUCCCGUACGUGUCGGUUAAUGAUGGCCAGUGGCACACCGUGAAGGUGCUCCGAUUUGGGGCUAUCGCCUCAAUCGCUCUUGAUGGCGGUUGGGGAAAACGCUUCAAUGAGCUGCUCGACUUCAAUUCGCCCCAUCAGCUGUUGGCUGUCGAAAAGCAGCAGGUACUCGCCGGGGGCGAUGUGCAAUACGUUGGACCGGGUGUCACGGUUGUAGAUAACGACUUCCAGGAGGGUUGUAUGAACGAUAUUCGAAUCGACGGCCGAUCCUUGCCUAUGGAGAGUGGUUCAGAAAGUGCCGCAGUACUAGAAUUCCGCAAUCUGAUUGACGGAUGCCCAUCGAACAAUCCCUGCCAUGGAAUCUCCUGCCCGCGACCAUUUAUUUGUGUCGAUUUGUGGAUGCUACACGAAUGUCGCUGCUCACCUGGCUUCGCUAUCACAGAAGAUGGCAAGAACUGCACCGACCUGGACGAGUGCUUGGCAGAGCCAUGUCUCAAUGGCGGAACCUGUGUCAACCGCCGUAACGGCGAAGGAUUCUACUGUCUUUGCCCCGAUGGAUUCGGUGGCGAGCUCUGCGGAGCCCUGCGUCAAGAAAAAAUUAUGCGUCUCAGUAUGGCCGCACUAGCGGCUAUCCUUGUCUGCCUGCUUAAUAUCCUUAUUUUGGUACUGGUGAUUGUGGCGUACACCCGGUCACGCCGUCCGGACCAAAAGUUCGGUGGCGGCCCGUGUGAAGAUGACAUUCGCGAGAAUAUCAUCUCGUACGACGACGAGGGUGGCGGUGAGGACGAUAUGAAUGCCUAUGAUAUUACGCCACUGAGGAUUCCUAUCGAACCCAAUGGUCAUAUGGCUGGUAUGAAUGGUAUGAACGGACUGAACGGACUAAAUGGAGGCAUGCUUAUGCAGCCCGGCCUCAUGCAUAACGGUACACUUAAGAAGCUCGGAGGGCCGAAAGCGGGCCUGCUGGCACCGCUGAAAGAGGGUCCUUUGUCCGACGUGUGCGACUUCAUCUCUGAGCACUUAGACAAAGUAGACAACGAUCCGAACGCACCGCCCUUCGAUGACGUACGCACGUAUGCGUACGAGGGAAGUGGAUCAACUGCUGGUUCGCUCAGCUCUCUAAACUCCACUGGAACUGACGACCAGGAGCAGGACUUUGAUUACUUGAACGGCUGGGGCCCUCGGUUCCAGAAACUGGCUGACAUCUACGCCCAACAGAACGGGCCGCCCGACGGAAAGGACCACUAAAUAAGUACGAAUUUUUCGAAACUACUGUCACAACAGCCACUGCUCUGAAGAACGAAGAAAAGACUCUUCCUCGCAAACCCACAAAUGACACCGCAUUCGUUCGCGUGCAUAGAUCGCAUUGCAUUAAUUGACUGACUCGCCUCCUUCACGACGACUAUUGCUAUAAUACGCUACUACUGACUUCUUUAAGCUUAAAGCUUCUCAUCAUCCGCAAGCAUCAUUCAUCGAAGGAGACGGAAGCACAGCGGUGGAUUGAUUAUGAUUUCUCAUCUGAUGAGCUUCAAUCAAAACUACGUUAUUACUAACAUUAAUUCAAUUGCACGUAUUCCAUCUUCGUCGUACAUCCAGAUUAAUGAAAGAGACCGUUUUGCUCGAUAUUUCUCCUGCUUUCCAUUGCGCGUGACUGACUGGUUGAUUGAUUCGUGGGCUGGGCUGGGAGAUGGGAAGGGGGUUCGAGGGGUCAACGAUGCAUAACGUCGUGUCCAUAUUCCAACACGUACAGACAGUAAUUCUGUAAUAGUACUAAGUAUUAAUUAUUAUUAUUAUUAUUAUUAUUAUCAUAGUAAUUAUAAUAAUAAUAAUCAAUAAAGGUGAUGUGUAUAAUGGACAUGAUGAAGCGACGGUGCAAUGACUUGAUGAAGUCUAUGAGGGAGAAAAUGACUGGAAUUACAAUUCCGUUGUGUUGUAAAAUGAUCUAUUGAACGAGUGACCGUUGAAUUAAAUUGAGCACAUAGAGCAGACCUGUAACGUUGAUUGAGUAGAACAAAGAUGUCGAUAGUAUCGAACACCAUUGUAUUAUACAAAUUGUGAACUGAUGCCUCUGUGUAUGUGUGGUUGCGUGUGCGCGGAAAAAUUACGGAUCGGUCAAUCACAACCCUAAACAACUAAUAACAACAGUAAAUAUAAUAAGAAGAUAAACAAACCCUAAGCGAAGAGCACUUAGCUCCACGUAUAGCGCAUUACAUUAUUAUUAUUAUGUAUCAAUGGUGACCACAGAACAUUACGCCAAUCACACGAGUGAAGUGACAGAUGCAGAUGGUGAAGAAGAUGAAUAUGGUGAUGAUGGGAUUAGCAAGUGGCGUACUAAAGCCAAGAAUGAUUACGAUUGAAGGACGAAAAUGCUUUUGUAAUUCCAUUUGUAUUAUGUAUUUUCUUUCACGCCGGAAGUGUUGGGUUUAGAGAAGGAAAGCGGAAUAAGGCGAGAGAAGUUUAAGUUGAUCAAUGAACUGUAGCAGAGAAGUUAUCGCACAGAUGGCGUUGACACAAAGAAACCCUUUAUCGGUGUCGCACAAAGCAACGCUCAUUGUUUAAGUUAAGCAUGAAUUCAAGUGUGUAUUUGUCGGCGUAUCGGAUAAUGCCUGCAGUAAACAAUGCCUACUCAACAACAAUUCUAACAAUGAUAGCAAUAGCAACAAGAAGAAGAAAGGGCAAAAUGAUAUCGAUUAUGAUAGAACUCCGUGUGUGUGAACGGCGAAAAUCAACAACAAUGAUCAACAACAACCGCAGCAGCGACAACAACAAAAAAUGUAUUUACGAUCGCACCUCCCGUGCACAAUGAAUGAUGCAAAAAUUAUUAUUACGAUAACAUCAAUUAUGGCUAUGAAAAUGGUAAAAUACUUCGAUAGCGUAGUGGAUUCUUUCAUGUAGAUAUGUGGAAGGAUCGUGAGAGUGAAAAAAGGCAAACAGAAGAAGCAGUAGGAAUUACGUAUCAUUUGCUAUUCAGGGAUUCCGGCAGCAAAUGGCAGGGACACCAAAGUAUUUUCUGCUAUCUCUUGAGGAAACUGUACUUCUAGCAUGAGUGGGUCACCUUUUUCCUGUUUCCUCUAAAUAAGUCCCUUCGCUACAAGUGAAUAAGGGAUUAAACACAACUAUAGAAUCACUACUUGCUUGAUCAAAGUGGAUAUCGUGUGGAACGAUCCGUGAGGACUGCUACGUUUGGGUACUGCUGCGAUUGUAAAUAUAGAGUCUGCAGUGGCAGAGUAUCUCAGCCUAACCUUGUUGUGAAAAUCUGUUGCCGGACUCCUGAACAGCCGAGUGAACUCCCACAAGAUGGUGAGACAAACGUCCGCGAGAACAGUGUACAUUUGUUGUCAAACGCAUCGCAGUGACAAGAUUUUUGCGUUGUAAAUUUACACAUUUUCCUUCCUUUGUACGUUCUAUUACUGGCCGAUGCACUGGCUUCACCCAGCCAGCACCGCCAAAAAGCCUCGACGUAGUGGCAGCGGCCAGCAACUGCCGUUUCUAUAUAUAUAUAUAUAUAUAUAUAUAUAUAUAUAUAUAUAUAUAUACACCAUAUUAAUGCCAAUUUAACAUCAAAUUCCAAUUUGUUUUUCGAGUACAUUAUAAUUUGCCAGAUUUAUUAUGCCCCUAAAUUGAAUGGACGGUAGAUUAAACACCUCUCAGGUUGUUACAUCUGCUUGGAUCAUUUACAAUACAGAGCGAGACCAUAGUGAUAAACAAUAUAUAUUGUACACAUACACUCAGAUGCAAAGCACACAUGCACAG